AUGAAAUACAGAAGCAAGGCGGCAAUAUAAAAACACAAGUUAUCAUGAAUUCUGCAUCAAGUAAGGCUCCUAACAAGACAUUGAGUGAAGCCAGAGAAAUUUAUAAAGAAAUAUUUCCUUUUGAUAACCUUGAAAGCUUUAAGAAAUUUGAUGAUAAAUUAGAUAAUGAAAAUGAAAAGAGUAAUUUAAAAAACUUAUUUGCAGUAUUAACUUAUGGUGAGAAAGAUGUUAAUACUUGCAUUCGAAAGACACUGUCUGAAGUUAUUACUCCAGAAGUGCAACAGUUCUACUCUGGAGCUGGUCGUAUGAUUCGUGGUGAGGGCAAACUAAAUUUUAGUGCAACUAAAACAUAUGUUUGUUUAUCAGAUAUUAUACAAAAAAAAUUCGGUGACUCGGACCAAACUAAAAAUUUGAGAUCGAGCGUUGGGUCAUUUUUGGCAAACUUUGGGGACAGAGAUAGCAGUAAGCGAAAACGGGCGUAAAUUAUAAAG